AUGACUGAGGUGUCGUUCAACGUGCUAGAAAUCCACACCACCGAUAUGUUCGUUCCAGCGUGUCCCGAAGAAGCUGAGAAGAUCAAAGAGGCGAUCGACAAUUUUUACGGACCAUCGACGACGAGAAUUCGAUUUUUGAACGCGAUCAAAGUGCAUUAUUGUUCGGAGAACGCGACAACCAGUCAAGGGGACCCGAAUCCUCAACCUGUUCCACGGCACCGCCGGCGACAUUGUGAUUCCGAUUUGCGAGAACGGCUUCGAUCUUACGACGCGCUUCCUGCUGAUCGGCCCGCCGACGAGAUCGACGUGACGCGCGUCGAAUUGUUGACGUUGCUCGAGCUUUGCUAUCGCACGAAUGGCAUCGGCGGCAUUCGUGCGGCGACGUCGACGGCGUCAUCAUACUCGCUCGACCAUUUUCGGCGAUCGCAGCGAAUGUCGGGCGUCACGCGAGCGAUUAGACGAAUUUCGCCGAGUUUCAUGACGGAAAUUUAG